GAGUUUUCAGCAGCUAAUGUUAAGGAUAACUAUAUAUUUCCCCAUGAACUACUAGGUCUUGAAACAGGGUCUACUCGAAAGGACUUACAUUCUAGCAUCCCAAGUCGACACUUUUCUGAAUGCAGUAUGGGUUUCAAGUCACUAAAAAUUCUUAAUUUGCGACAUGUUAAUGUGGAUGGAGAAGUUCUUGAGUACUUAUUAAUGAACUGUCCAGUCGAAAGAAUAUCAGUGGUGGCAGCCAAAAAUCUGGUUGAUUUAAGAGUUGUUAGUCCAUCCAUUGGAUGGAAGUAUUUGGCAAUAGAAAAUUGUCCUGACCUCAAAACCAUUGAGAUAUGUAAUGCAGACAUUGUUUCAUUUACUUACAUUGGAGUUGCUAUAAACCUGCUUCUGAGUAAUGUACCUUUGCUUGCUGAGGUAUCCAUUACUGAGCUCGAGAUUGAGAGCAACAACUUUUUUGAUUCUAUAACUAUAUCCGUAGAGCUUCCCUUCACCCAACUCUCAUGCUAUCUUUCUCAGCUGAAGUAUCUCACGAUGGAUAUCAGUGAAGCGGUCUACAAUCAGGAUUAUGUGUUUCCUAUAUUAGCAAAUCUCAAGUAUUUGGAAUUAAUAUGUGAACCACAUUAUGCGUCCUCUCUUCGUUAUUUGACUUCUUUCAUGAAGGCAUCUCCUUACUUGCAGAGACUUGUGUUGAAGAUGAAUAUCAUCACAUCCUGGUUGGAGGAGAUGGGAAUAGGAAAAACAGACAUGGAGGAGAUUGUGACAACAGAGCAAAUGGAGACUCUUGCCAAAUGCUCUCAUCAUGAGCUCAGAGUAAUAGAAAUAGUUGGGUAUCGUGCUCGUAGAUUCGCUGCUAAACAUGUCAUGCUUUUAUUAAAGAAUGUUGUUGCACUGGAGAAACUUAUUAUUGAUCCUGUCCGGCAUCGGUCUCGUGGGCCGAGUAUGGUGAAGGAAGAUAUUGAUGAGGAAAUGAAGGCGAGAAAUCAUGCUAUGAAACACCUUAAGAAAAUUGUUCCUUCAACUGUAAACUUUGUAUGCCUGUAGUAAUUAAGUGUAGUGUCUAAAUGGUGUUUGUAUUCCAAACAUUAUGGUUUGUGCAAACAAGCUCGAGUUGAGAAUAUAUGGUCUUUCAUUAGAAAAUAAAAUGGAUCUAUUCUUUGUCUCAUGCUU